UUCGCAUCACAAAGCCGUUGGUCUGUUGGUCGCGUGGCACGGGCUUGGGGCUUUGCAAACAUUCGCGGUCACCAGUCAGCCUCUCCAGGGUCCCUUUCUACACUAGCUUUUUAAAAACAGAGAUUCUAGAACCCCCCACGCGCUACCUUGCUGGAGCAAACUAGUGUGGCGGCGACGAUCUUCGCGCUUGAGUCCGAGACUCGAGCCGGAAUCAGGAUGUCGAUCCCACAACGGCGUGCUGGGCAUAUUGUUGCCUUGGAGGGUCCUCCGGAGUUAGUGUCGACCCAACUGCGUCUUCUCCCGGACUCGAGCAAGAUUCUCGUCCUCCCGGGUCUCCAAUAUUACCUGGAAGACGAGGUCUCAAAGGAGAGGAAGCCCUUUGACGCCCGGGAGCUGAUAUAUCGAUAUCACGCGGCCGCUCAGGCUCGACGCGCCGAGGCCCUGGAAUUCUUGCGACCUUCCACGUCGACAGAUGAGACGCGACUUGUUUUUACACACGGGGGAACCAUGUCGGCGCAAGUAUCUUGUCUGUCGGCCAUCAUGGAGCAUGAAACGGAUGGCAAUAUCGAGGAGGCCCAUGCCACGUUCAUCCGGCUAGCCAGCAAUGGGCAUGCUCGGCUGUCCUUGGCAAGGCUCUCGCUUUACGAGGCGGAGGAGUCGCCACUACGCAACAGAGAAGCGGAAGCGAUUCCAGAGCCGCCAGCGUCCAAUGAAGGGCAAACGCAGCAGCUCUUGUCAUGGAGAGCAUACGCCGGCGCCGGAGACGACACCAUCGAAGACCCCAUUAUCCGCGCCAUGAAAGCGGCAGACGCGCUCGAUAGGGAGACUGAGUUCCUCCAACCGUCGUCGACGCCAGAAGCGGAUCUGACAGUCAAGCUGGUCGACAUCCCUCCGUCCAAGAAGCGCCCGAGAUCAACGGCUGUCCAGGCGUCCGACAUUCCUCGGGUACCCAGACCGCCUCCCCCAAGUCAUUGCCAGACGGGACUUUCUGAGGAACCCGUUCCUGGUAUCUCGCCCGACAGCAGCUUGGGAACGCAACCCUCUUCAGCCGCUUCCCAAAGACCGUCACUGAGGAUCCACAUCCCGUCAUCGCCGAUCGCCUGGACCGGCGAGGUGGCAGUUGGUGGAGAUCAGUCAAAAGUUCAUCAUUCACACACUCCAAUACCCGACGCGUUCGACCACAGGAGGUCACAGACUGCCGAGUUAAACCUGUCGCCCAAGCAAAUCCCGGCCCCCGGCGGCAAGACUGAGGAGCAAGCUACGCUACCGGAGUCGGGAAGCGAUCCGUUGUUCCUAAGUAAGGAAAGUGGCUCAGUAAAACGGACGAGCGCCCAAAUCACCGAGUCGAAUGAGGAGCCUUUCGAGGCGUUGCUGCCGCUGCUGGAGGACCUCGUUGUUUUCUUUACCCCCGAGACCCCUAACGGUCUCCACGGUUUCGUGUUCCGGCGUCUCAGCGAAGGUUACGGGGCUCCUCGCAAGUCGCUAUCCCUGGCUCGGGUCUCCCGAUAUGACUUCUGGCAAAGCGAAAGUCCGCUAGCCACAAAGGAUGAGCGGGAGAUUGAGCGAGGUCGGUCAGAGGAAGAAGAUCCCACCGGUGUUGCAACCUGGCCGCGGAAGGACCUGGUACAUGGCUUGCCAACGCCAAAUAACUCUCCAAGCUCUUUUCAUGACACAUCUGCGGCUGUGCCUCGACUGGACACAAGGUUAUACAGUAUCAGCGUCGGCCAGGAGGCGGCUGUCCCCAUCCAGAACUUCCUGCGGUCUCUCCUCGGUUCCCAGUUCCCUCUGCGGGACCGUCGCUUCUCAACCGCCGACGGCGUCGAGAUUUCGAUGGAAGCCGGCUUGUGGAGACCUCUAGAAUGCGACGCACAAGUUGGCUCCCCAAGCGGCGAGAGGAGACUCGACCUCAUCCUGGCCGUCGGCUCGGAAAGCGGAGUGAGCAAGAGCCGUCUCUCCGAGGUUGUCGGACAGAUCGAGAAGCUGGGUUCCAAGACAAGCGGCCUCUCGCGAGGUGGUCGGUUGGACAUCCGGUAUGUGAGCUAGGAAUACCAUGCUUGAGGGAUGUAAUCGCUAAUGCAGACAUCUAGAUAUCUUAUUGCCAACGCUAUGCAGGCGUUUACCGCCCAGCCACUCACCAAGCAAACCCAGAGCAACCCGUUUGCUGACCGCGCCCUUCUCGCUGCUUUAAUCA